AUGGUAGAAGAAGAUCAAGAUCAAGAUCAAGAUCAAUAUAAAAAAAGAACCAUGUACCCUGGCAAUCUGUUAGUCGCCAGCAAGGGAACUCGACCACUGUGCCUGACCAAAACCGCCCCAGGCACCGCCUGUCCGGCCCCUGGAGGUAAUCGGUUUGGGGACCUUUUUCGGCCUCCAAAAUUUCAGAGCCGGCCGUCUUUUUCCAACACCAGCCUUUUCGCUGCCUUGCAGACUCCUAUCUUCUCCUGCAUCCCCAUCCUCUCUUUUCAGAGCCUCUUGUCACUCUCCGUCUCAUUGUCCAUUUCGGCAGUGCGGAGCUCUCAGUUCAGCGUGGACCGCUACGUCGUCAUCCACGUUGCUACCACUUGCGAUGAGCACGGUGUCUAUGUCACAAAGGAUUCUGCCGAGGUCAUUGAGCUUGGCUGGAUCCUGCUCGAUGCCAACACUCUCGAGGAGGCAUAUCACGCACGAAAGUGUACUCGUCAAGCCUGUCAACACUCCCAUCACGCCGCUGUGCACCUGACUACCCUCACUUGGGAGCACGUCCGAAACGCGGGAACCUUUAGAGACGCCAUCUCUCGAUUCGAUACUUUUGCUACCGAGUACUUGACCUCCAAGAAUAUUGACUUUGCAUUCGUCACCCUAGAUGCUUGGGAUCUCCGAGUUCAGCUUCCACGUGAAGCUCGUGACAAGGCCGUUGUCCUUCCCCCCUACCUGCAGCACUCGCGAACCUUCGACCUCCGCACUGAAUACCAGCGCUGGCAGCAGCACCACCCCGAGUCUCUACCCUUCGGCCCCUCGAUGCUCUCCAACAUCUGUGCCGCUCUCGAGGUCGAGCCCGUCCAGUCCAGCGCGCCGAUCAAGCACAACCUUCCCUUCCACCUGCAGGCAUUGGCCCCUGCUUCGCCUCGCCGUGCCAUGGAGGAAGCUAUUACCCUUGCUCGAGUCCUCCGAGGCCUCAUUCGCAAGUCUCAGCCCCCUCAGGAGCACCCCGAUGUCCUGACCCGCCCAAUGGAUGCCAGGGCUGAUCUCGAGAGCUGGUUCACCCAGUUUGGCGGGCGUCCCAUUGCAUUCUGGACACUCCGAACCCCUGAGCAGCACAAGCCCACAGGCACCGGCUUUGCUGUCUUUUCGUCGCACGAGGAGGCUGCGGAAAGUCUAUGCAUGAAUGGCAGAGCUCUCAAUGAAAAGGCGAUCGAGGUCUCCCCGUCUUCUAGUAGAGUCCUCGACCGUGCUCAAGAUAUCCUAACGCCCUUCCCCCCUAGCAAGAACCGUCCUCGCCCUGGAGACUGGACAUGCCCCUCGUGCGGUUUCUCCAACUUCCAGCGCCGAACGGCCUGCUUCCGGUGUUCGUUCCCUGCUGCCGGUUCUGGUCCAGGUGGCGACAACUUUAGCUAUGCCGGUGGCAGCGGCAGUGGCGGCGGCGGCGGCGGCUACGGCCCCCCUCAAAUGAUGCCGCCUCCGCAUCAUGGCGGUCACGGUCACAGCCACGGCCACGGCCACGGCCACAUGGGCCACGGCGGACGCAUGGGUGGCGGCGGUGGUGGAGUCGUUCCUUUCCGUGCCGGUGAUUGGAAGUGCGGCAAUGAAGUAUGCGGUUACCACAACUUUGCCAAGAAUGUGUGCUGCCUUCGCUGUGGAGCUAGCCGUGCCAGCGCUGCCGUCGUGGCCGAUUCAGGAUACCCAUCCCCCAUGGACAACUCAUCUCAGUAUAAUAUGGGACAAGGCUCCAUGGGAGGCACGCCCGGCCCUGGUCCUUUUAACUCAGGCAACGCCUUCAACGCUGGGGCGGCAUACAACCAGCAUUUUGCCGGCCCUCCCAGCCAUUUCCUUCCCUCUGGCCUGGCUGGCGGUGCUGGCGGCUACCCUGGCUCCAUGAAUAACCAGGCCUUUGGCCCUGCUCCAGGCUCGCACGGAGCUGGCCCUUUUGACAGCCGCGCCGCUGAGGCAGCUUUCCAGUCUGCCACAAACGGUCCCGCUUCCGGUGCCGGUCCUGCCCACAACAACUUCUACAACAGUGGCCCUGUUGCCAACGAGAACGAUCCAUUCGCAUUUCUCUCCAGCGGCAUUGGCGGCCUCUCCGUCAGUGGAGCUGAUGGUCGUCAGAACGGCGGUGCCGCCCCUCCCAAUAAGUCGCCCGCUUGA